GUUAUUACUUGAGUUGGAGCGGCCGUCAGACUGCGAACCCUGUUCUAAUGCACCUUACUAUUACCUAAAUUAGGGUAUCCAAGAAUUAUACUGAUUUUUGUAUAUAUUUUGUUGUCAGUCCAGUCUCACUACUAAAGUCAGUGCCAGUGUCCUCUGAUUUUUUAUAUUUUAUCCUUGCACAAUGAGAAAAAUAUCAUGAAAUUAAAGGUUUUUAGAAAUUAAAAAAAUGGAGCUUGCAGCAUUGCUCAGAAAAGCAGCCCAGGUGAAAGACAGAGGUAUAUUAUUGGAUAAAUCAUUCGAUGCAAUUAAAAUUGCUGCAUUCUCCAGAUGCAACGGACCCAGUAACCACAGAAAAACAAGAAGGCGAUCACUUCCAGUCCCUCUACGAAAUCUGGAAAGGCACAAAGUCCUCUGACAAGAAUCAAACGUACAAAGUAAUCCCUAAAUUUUACUUCAAACUCCCGAAAGAGGAUGAAAUUCUGCCGCAGAAGCUCCGCGAGGAGACCCGAGCCCUUUUCCUCCAGCGUCGUUCACGCCAGCUCCUGGACAACAACGAGUUGAAAGCGUUAUGGGUCCUCUUGGACAAGCACCACAGUCCGCCCCUCUCGGGUGACGAGCAGCUGAUAAAUUACGAGGAUUUCAAGCAUGUGGGGAAACUGGCAGGCUCGAAAUGCGCUCCAUAUUUCACAGCCGUUGUCUUCGCAAAACUGCAGCAGGGAGACCCCCACGGUAGGAUCAGUAUCAUGGCGCUGUUCAACUACGUCAUGAGGAAGGUCUGGCUGCACCAGACAAGGAUAGGGCUGUCGCUGUACGACGUGACAGGUCAGGGGUACUUGAGGGAGUCAGACCUGGAGAAUUACAUCUUGGAGCUGAUACCAACACUGCCACAGCUAGAAGGCUUGGAGAAGUCCUUCCAUUCCUUUUACGUCUGCACAGCUGUGAGGAAAUUUCUGUUCUUCUUGGAUCCCUUGAGGACGGGAAGAGUCAGGAUUCAGGAUAUCUUGGCCUGCAGCUUCCUAGACGACCUCCUGGAGCUGAGGGAUGAGGACUUGCCCAAAGACCUCCAAGAGGCCAACUGGUUCUCUGCCCCAUCUGCCCUCAAAGUUUAUGGGCAGUACCUCAAUCUAGACAGAGAUCACAACGGAAUGCUCAAUAAGGAAGAACUCUCGGGGUACGGCACUGGAACACUCACGGGAGUCUUCCUAGAGAGGGUUUUCCAGGAGUGCCUCACAUACGAGGGGGAGAUGGACUACAAAACUUAUUUGGAUUUUGUACUGGCGUUGGAGAAUCGCCACGAGCCUCAGAGUCUUCAUUAUCUCUUCAGGAUUCUUGAUAUCAAUAAUAAGGGGUAUCUGGAUACAUUCUGUUUGAAUUAUUUCUUCAGAGCGAUUCAGGAGCAAAUGAAGAUGCAUGGACAGGAGCCGGUGAGCUUUGAAGAUGUGAAGGAUGAAAUUUUUGAUAUGGUCAAGCCAGCUGAUGCAUGCAAGAUUACUCUGCAGGAUCUGUUGAGCUGUGGACAAGGGGACACUAUGAUCAGUAUUCUGAUCGAGUUUCAUGGAUUCUGGGCGUACGAGAAUAGGGAGGCUAUGGCUGCGGAUAGUGGAGAUGAGAGCUCACAUGUGUAGGAGGUUGAAAAAUAAAGAUUUUAGUUUUUUAUACA